ACGGAUGAAGAGACGGAGCCUGAUCAGUCUACUGGCGAACAACCAGACAGUUCUUUGGAUUAUAAGAAUGACGGUUAUAUCGAACUAGUACUCAAGGUCAUGGCACGGAUGUGCGACGGUCAGAACCAGCAGUUACAGAAUUAUCUGCGGGAACAACCUGACAACGUGAAAUCAUUUGACAUUAUUGCUGAGGUGACUCGCUUCCUCGACGUCGUCUAUUCAAAUAUAAAUGGUAGAAGCAUAGAUUUAGUGAUCCAAUUAUUUGACUCAAUCAAUGAAUUUACAGCGAGUAAUCAGGAUAAUCGAGUAGUAAUUUACGACAACAAGAUAAUUGACUAUAUCAACUUUAUACUCAGAGCUGGGGACUUUGCCGACUGUCCCACUGAAAAGGUUCUGGAAUUGCGACAAAGUAUCGCAAAUUUGAUUGUAUCCUUGGUUGAAGAAAAUGGUCCUGGACCAUCACAGGUUGCAAGGGAAGUCAAAGACACUCUUGACAAGAAAGCAGUUCUUCAACUCAUGACGGAAUGCUACGAAAUGCAUCAACCGGAUAAAACGAAACUUGAAGACUUGAAGAAUUUGUCCGGCUCUGGAAGCUACAUGCAAACAGCGAAAUCGUUCGCCCUGGCGGGCGGAAGUUUCAUUCAGGGAGUGAUUCCCAAGGCUAAAGAUCCUCUGGCAGACACCUACAUGGACGUAGGAUUCUCCCUCUACAUCAUUCUCGCCCGUAUGAUCGAUAUUGAUCCGAGGGUUUUCCUAACAGUCCAUAUCACACCACAACAACAAAAGGCUUUUAACUUUUACAAGAAAAAUUGUUCGUCAAUUGAAAUUGUGAAAGACGAUUGUCUCCAGAAGAUUAACUUCAGAGUCCGGAACAAAAGAGUUCUACGAGAAGAAGUAAAAGAGAAGUUGAAAUGGAAUGUUGACCGAUCUUCUCCCAGUAAUAAAAUAAGAGAUUUGAUGGAAUGGGCAAAAGACAUAAUGAAGGAUAUCGCCUAUCAAAGACGAAUCCUAGGAAAUCCAUUGGCCCUCCUUCUAACGAAAGGAUGGCUAUUUUGGAACCACAUGGUGACGAUAUUAAGUUUCGCCAUCAACAUUAUGAUGCUCAUCACUUGGAAUGCAAAAGCUUCUCUUCAAAAAGGAAAUUCAACACUCAUUGAAGGAAUAGACGAUCCCGUUCCAGUAAUCCACACACUGACACAAGAACAGUAUACAAUCGCAAUUUACGUGAUGGGAGGCAUGCAUAACUUUUUCUCCAUGUUAGUACUCAUCAGCUACUUUGUCUGCAAUCAUCCAAGUCUUCCCAACCUGAAAAAUAUAGUCAUCUUUUUCAAGAAAUUAACCGUGAAAAAGAAAAAACAAGAAGAAGACGGCGAUAACAAAAAGAAACACAUAUCUAAAUUGGAAUGUAAAUUCUUUAGUUUCGUGACAUUCUUCUACUUGAUGUUUGUUACUUUAUCAAUUGGCGGCACCGUGUCCCAUGGCUAUUUCUUUGCCUUCCAUCUACUUAACAUAGUCAACAACAACCAACUACUAGGUGGCGUCAUCAAAGCCGUCACACAAAACGGCAAAUCACUGGUUUGGGUUGGCAUCCUUGGCAUGGUAGUGUUCUAUCUAUACGGCAUUAUUGGUUUUGCUAUGAUGAGAAAUAUGUUCGACCCAAAUGAAUAUCUUUAUUGUGCUUCCCUGUGGCAGUGUACAGUCACAGUAGUUCGCUAUGGUCUUAUCGGGGACCUAUUUGAGUCGAUCAAAGCUCAUAAAGACGAGGCAACAUUCGCUAAAUUCGGGUUGGUGGUUCUUUUCCACGUAUCAUUUUUCAUCUUCAUCACGACAAUUGGCCUUAACAUAAUCUUUGGUAUCAUCGUUGAUACCUUCUCGGAACUCCGAGAUCUCAAGUGGACAGCCGAAUCCGAUAUGAGAGACACGUGUUUUAUAUGCAGCAGGAACAGUUACGAUUUUGAACAUCAUGGAAAGGGAUUCGAGCACCACGUCAUGUAUGAACACAAUAUGUGGGCCUAUAUUUUCUUCUUCAUUCAUUUAAAUGGUACAAAGGUAAAUGACUACAACGCGCUGGAGAUGUACGUCUUUCGAUUGUUGAACAAGGAGAAUUAUGAUUUCUUCCCUCUUGACCGUGCUUUGUCUCUUGCUUCUAUGGGAAAAGACGCUACAGAAACUAAACUAGAUGACUUAUUAGAUCAGGUUACAUCAAUAGUAGAAAAACAACGAAGAGAGGAAACAGAAAAGAAGAGAAGAGAAGAACGCAUGCGUCAGAAAUUGUGGGAACAAAAACAUCGUCUGGGAUCGUUCCGGAGAAAAGCAAAACUGCCUGUCCCUCGUGAAUAUGACCCCCUAAUGCAAAUGCAAGGGGGUCAGUUCGGGGCUAUGGAAGACCCUCGUUACAUGACUAUGCGACAAUUCAGUGAUACACACAACACUGGAAUGUCGCAGCCAAAUAAUGGAGGGAAUACCUAUUCAAGGCCAGAGAAGUCGGGUUCAAUAUACACUUCUUCCAUCUCUCAAGGAACUCAGAUCACAUCGCUCCGUGAGUACCAAGAAGCAGACACACCGCGACAUUAUCGGGGCUUCAGUCCGUUACGCUACGACGCCGACGAGCCGGGCGUGCGUAAUCUGAGCCCGGUAUGUUACGACGACAGAACGCACAGUCCGUCUCGAUCGCGCCACGGCAGCGACUCGGAGCUGCUCGGCUUCAGUCCGAUCCACAUGCGACGCCAGUCGCGCGACUCUUCCUACAUACGGCAGGUGAGUCCAAAGUGGGCGGACAGCCAAGCGGCUUCUCCGAAAACCUCGUCCGUUUUCUUCCCAGACUCCGAUUCAACACCGAGUUUAAACAUGAGAGACCAACGUCCUCCAGAAAGAGCAAUGCCAACAGUGGAUCUGGUCACCGAUCCGCUUGAAGAGUUUUCUUCUUUUGUUAUAAGUGAAGACAUCGCAAGCCGGGAGAGUGACGGCGAAGACAAUGAUGACGAUUUCAAAUAAACAUGUAUAAAUAUAUAUUCACGCACACAUAUAUACACACAUAUAUAUAUAUGUACAUAUAUACAUACAUACAUACAUAUAUAAAUA